AUGGAAUCAACAUUCAAAGUACCAGUUCCUAAGCAACCUAAGGAGCCAGAGCUUACGCGCGAUGAAAGGCUACGUAUUCAGACCCUCUUCUUCGAUGCUAAUUUUACUCGCGAUCAAAUUUGCCUUCAAACUGGGCACACCUACCGCCAGAUCUGCUACGCAAUUCAGCAUCGCCUUACCCCUCAAAAGCGCAAGUCUGGGAGGAGAGUAUUACUCAAUACCCCUCAAAGGAAGAAGCUAAUCCAAUGGGUGUCAGCUUCUAGAGAUAAUCGCGAGACACCUUGGAUAGCUAUCCCCGGGAUACUUGGUUGGGAUUACGGGGUAUCUGCCAUAAGGAUAGCAUUUAAGAAGGAAGGGUAUAAACGUCGGGUUUCUAAGAGAAAGUGCCCUCUUACUAAGGAAAAUAGAAGGAAGAGACUUGAGUGGGCACAAGAGCAUAUCAAUUAG